AUGGAUUACAGCAGUAUCGAUUCUGAAAUAAUAGAAUCGCUGGAUAUUUUAAGACAUCCAGCUAAAAGACUAUGUAGGAAUAAUUUAGUGCCAAACCGAACUCUCACACGACAACAAAAUACUAGAUAUACAUUUAAUGACACGAAGAUAAUUAAGAAGACCGAAUUUUCUCAUCUCCGAAGAGAGACCUCUCCAUUUUCAAAGAAAGCUGCUGAAAGAGAGAUUUUCAAUCAUUACUCAGUCUUGAAUCGCACUAGCCAAUUAUAUCCAUAUAAUUCUAUCAGUCCUACAACCUUUCCGCAAUCGAAUGUCGCUAAAGAAAGACCUCUUAUUAAAGUGACUGUGAUACCGAAAUCAGUUCAAACUCAGACUUCAAAUGUUUUUAAAAGACGUAGUAACUAUAGAAAAAAUAUUCACGCGACAUUAUCCAAUCAAGAGAGUUCUAUACGAACAAGGAACGUUUAUCUGGACGUUGCUGGAAGAAACAGAGAUAAAACAUAUGACAUUAAAAAUGUAGGAAGCGCGAAAUUCUCUAGGAAUAAUUUGAUAGAUAAUACAAACAAUAAUAUAUCUUUAGAACAGAUAAAUUGUUUAAAACAAGUAAUAAGUUCUUUGAAUAUGGAUAAGAAAAAGAAAAAAGAUAAUAAUAAAAAUAAUGAAACUGGCAGUAACAAGUUAGAAAUGUCUCAGAAGAUUGGUAAUACUUAUAAAAAUGAUAAACUAUUUCGAUGUUGUUAUUGUCCGGAUUUUGGUAAAAGCGAUGUCGUUGAUAUUGGAUCUCAGAGAAGUCAUGUCAGAAUUACAGGUCAACUAGGAUUGGUGGAUGAUGAGAGAUGUGUUCUUAGAUGUGCAGCCACUGUCAACGAUAGUCCAGUUACGACAAAAUAUUGUACAGCAGAAUGUGUUGCUUCGCCUAUAUAUAAUGCAAAUUUCCAUCAAAAUAAAAUUAAAAAUCAACGAGAUUUUAUUAUUCAGACUGAAAUGUGGAAAAGUGAAGAAUACAAUGGUGUAAAUAUUGAAAGAAAUGUUUUACUCAGUAAAUCUUCGCAUGGUACCCAAGUCAAUUUUAAUACAGAUCUGUUGAAUAUCGAUAGAACUAAAUUGAAAAAGAGCAUGAAUUUAGACAAAAUAACUCAAUGUAACAGCAGUAAUACUGAUGUGGUUGAAACUAAGGAACAAUUUAAUAGUAAUGUUAAGAAAUGUCAUAGUCCUCUUGUUGUUAUAUCAGUUUAUACAAAUCAAGAAUUACCGGACGUUAAAGUUAUGACAAAUACUUUAAAUAAGAACAAUACUAAGUCUGCAACAAUUAAAAAUAAUCCAAUCACUAAAGGAACUAGUUGGUAUGUUCGAAACAAAAAAACAGAAGAUAAAAAAAUAAAUAGUAAUAUUGGUCGUAGUAGAUCACCUUCUCCACGGUCCAGAAGCCCACUUAAAGCAAAUAAAGAAUUUGGAUCUAAACUAGGUUUUAUGAGACAAAAACUUUCCCCGGAAGUUGGUCAAAAUAUGAAUAUUGUUCAACGCCAGGAAAGAUUCAAGAAGACGGCGACAAAUUCAAUAGUUACAAAAUUUGACACAUUAAACAAAUCUAGAAAUAAGUUAGAGAAUGAAAACAAUUCAUUACGAUCAAACUUUGCAGAAACAAAAGGCACAAACACUGAUCACAAUAUAUUAACGAAAAAGGCAAUAAUAGAAUCUUAUACGAGGCAAUUGUUGAAAGACAAGGAAAGGAAGGUAGCAACAGGACACGACAAUUUAAAAAAUAAUGAGUCAAGAGUGGCUGUCAAUAUAGAUGGAGACAAAGAAUACUACGAUGUGUUAUUUCAACAAGGUAAUUUGACUACAGACUUGAGAGUACGGAAGAUAUUAAAAGCAGUGGGCAUACAAGACUAUGCCAAUGAUAGUCAUUUGGAUUCAAUGGAGAAUUUACUGUUAGUAGUAAACGAAAAAGAACCAAGGAAAAGAUCACUUUCUCGAACUUUGUAUGGAAAUGAUAAUGAUGACAUUCCAACGUUAGAUAAAAUUACGUCAGGUUUGAAUGUGAGAGAUAGUUUGGAAAUUUGUCACAGACGUGACAAUCGAAGUACCAAAUGCCCUAUAUUUUCUACCAUGAAAAAUAAUGGAUCACAAAAUAAUAAUAAGGAUCGGUUGGCUAAUAAGCAUUACAGAGGAGACGAUUGUUGUAUCCCCGACCCUGUAACACGAGAUAAAGAGAUCAGGAAACUCCUUGGUAUAGAUAAAUACACACAGUCUACGUCGACCUCUGUGAAACCACAGGCACCGAAGAGUGGCAUAGAAGUUCCAAUGCACUGUUUCUACCGAAGACAAUGCGAAAAAAAUUUACUGACCGGACUUAGUUUAGUCGGGAUGUCUCCAUGUGCAUGCUGUGAUCAGAAUUUCUUAGAUCAUAUAGAAAGUAAGAAAUUAAAGAAAACGAAGCAAGAGAUACAGAAUAAUCACAUCGAAUCCAACGUAAGUGACGAAACUAAUCCGACAAAUGAGAGUAAUGAAACAACUAAUAAGCCAGUCGAACCAGAUGCAGACGACGAGCAAAAGGUAGAAAAAAAACCCAUUCGAGCCAAAUUUUCUACCACAGAACAGAAUUCUGUUUAUCAGCAAAUGAUAUUAAAUCGUAAUAUUCAAGUCUUUCUACAAGUAGAACAGUUUACAAAACAGAAGCCAAUUAUACUUUCACGGAAACAAUACAACAAAGUAAAAAGAACAAUAGAGCGUACAAUAUCGAAAAAGAUAACUCACCGUAAGCAAUGUAUUUGCAAAUUCAGCUUUGUAUCGGUCGGGGAUAUAAGGAAGAAAUACAAACAUGAAAAUGAACGGCUUUAUGACAAAAAUAUACAAACGGAAGAAAUAGCUAAUAAAAUAUCUACUAAAACUGAUUCAUCAAAAAAAAGUAAUAGGAGUAGAGUUGAAAGUUUAAGAACCAGGGAAAAGACUACAGAUAAAGGAAGAAACAUGACUGUAGAAACUAUGAGAACUACCAAUAGUUUAAAGACUAAAAUAGAUAAUAAAAAUACACUAGUAUUAUUCACAAAAGAAACUAAAGCAACUAUGAUUUCCGAAAAUGAUUCAGUACAACUGGCUGUUUCCAAUAUGGAAGUCCGAUAUGCGAGCAUGGCGAUAUUAAAACAAGUAACACUUUCAUCCAACAACGUGGCUGUAGGUUCUACACCUGCACUAUCUGAAAGAGUCUCUCGUUCUGUACAUACUAUUUUUAAAGGUCAUAGGAAAUCACCUACACCUAACCUGGGGACAUCCGCCUGCUCACUGUAUUCGGAUGUUGAAGAUCAUUAUGAAAAUGCAUCAUUAAAAAAUAAUAUGCAACACACUACAAAACCGAGGAAAGCAUUACUAAGAAGACUGAUGUCUUGCCUUGUUCUUCGAACGGCCGCAGCGUCUAAAACAAAAAUCUAUCCCCCAGUCUGCAAAGCACCUAGCCUUAACAGUACUUUUGACUCAUAUCACAUCAAUACAUCAUUUGGUGCAAUAGAAGUAAGUUCGUCCAUAUACGACACUUCAGUAUCGUUCUACACUAACCACAGUAUUUUGCCAAUUAAUAAUAAAGUGAAACGAAGCUUUUUAAGCUCAGUGCGAGGUUUUAUAGCAAAUAGAAAGAGUUAGACUCGGUGUAGAUACAGAUUAUACUUAGUAAUAUGCCAGCUGCAUACUAUGACCUGGAAAAUUAUGGCACUGAAAAAUUUGUGCGAAGACGAUUAAUUAGUCGGCUCUUAAACUACAUAUUUGACACGUUCUUUUGAAAUAUAUAUAUAUAUGUAUAUAUUUUUAUUGUUAUUUUACAUGUACUUUUAUUUUUUAUUUUAUUA